GACAUCCUCUUCUUGGGUACGGGGUCGGCCUAUCCAUCGCCUCAUCGCGGUGCAUCCGGGCUUAUUCUUCGUAAUACAGCCAGCGGUGUACAGUGGUUAUUUGACUGUGGAGAGGGCACCCAGAUUCAGGUCCAAAAGUUUCCGGAAGCCAAAGUGAGCCGCGUGACUCGUAUAUUCAUAUCGCAUUUACAUGGGGAUCAUGUUUUUGGCCUUCCUGGAUUUUUGGCAACAAUGGGUGCCCGAGCCGCAAAGGGCGAAACCGCAGAUACAUACAAUCAUGGUUCUGUUGAUGUGGAAAUUUACGGCCCACAGGGUCUUCGACGUUUUCUUCGUCUGGCACUUUCACUUUCCUGUUGCGAUUCCUCAGCCCUCAGGCACCUUCUCCACAUCGUCUCUCCCGAGGACCCGACCUUAGACACUUUAGUGCACGAGGCCACUAUGCAUUCCUCUCUUGAAGAGUCCGCCUACGAGAAAGGUCACACCACAGCUGCAGGGGCAGCC